AUGAAACAAACAGAUUCCAAGGAAUGGUGGAAAGAAGUAAAGCGUUUAAGUGGAAUGGCAUCUACUAGAUCUAGUGAUAUUAGAAAUAUAAUAGAUAUUGAAAACCUCGAACAAUUAUCUGAGCAAGAAUUAGCUAACAAGAUCAAUGAAGCUUUCUUGGAUCCCUUAUCUGUAUAUAAACUGCCCAGCCCCCUUCUUCCUUUCGAGCUAGAAGUUAACAACCCUGAGUUUUUAGUAGUCACUGAAGAAACAGUGUAUUCAUAUUUAUCAAAGCUGAACCCUACAAAAACUUGUGGUCCUGAUGAAAUAUCAAAUUGGCUUCUUCGUGAUUAUGCAGCUAUAUUAGCGUUCCCAAUUAAUUAGUACCAUCUUAAAUGCUUCCUUCAAGCAACAACGACUUCCAUCGAUGUGGAAACUAGCCAAUGUUUUACCUAUACCUAAAUCUAAGACAGUUCAAAUCUUAGAAAAAGAUCUCAGACCUAUCUCACUGACCCCGAGCAUAUCCAAAGCAGCUGAAGAAUGUGUGGUAAAUAGAUAUAUCAAACCUGCGGUUCUGAAAUCCAUCGACUCAAAUCAACUUGGUUCUAUUCCUAAUUCUUCAACCACAUUUGCCCUUGGCUCUUCUUAAUAAUGAUUAAUGAUUUGAAGAAACAUAGUGAGAACUUAUGGAAAUACGUUGACGAUACCACGGCGUCGGAAGUUGUAUUGCAAGGCGAUCACAGUGAAGCUCAACUGAUUGCAAAUGAAAUUUUAGAUUGGUUCAAUAUCAAUAGAAUGCAAUUAAAUGCUGAUAAAUGUAAGGAGAUACGAAUUUCUUGUGCACGGAAUCAACCCGAGCUUAACCCAAUUUCAAUUGAGAAUCAAAUCAUAGAAGUUGUAUCCGAUUUUAAAGUGCUAGGUCUUAACAUUAGCAACAACCUUACGUGGAAUAAACAUAUCACUGAAUUAGUCAAGAAAGCCUCCAAAAGGAUAUAUUUCCUUAUUCAACUUAAGAGAGCAAAAAUCCCAAUACAAGAACUAAUCACAUUUUACAUAACCUGUAUAAGAUCUGUGUUGGACUAUGCUGUCCCGGUUUUCCACUACAGCCUACCCAAGUAUUUAAGUCAAGAUUUGGAACGAGUCCAGAAACGCGUAUUUGGAAUUAUUUAUCCCCAUUUGAAAUAUGAGGAAGCUUUAAAUCUCAGUGGAAUUGAACAUCUUUCCACUCACCAUCAAAACAGCUGCAAGAAAUUGUUUAAUGCAAUUAUCAAAGAUUCUAAUCACAGUCUACAUUACCUCUUGCCGCCAAGGUAUAACUCCAUCCACGACCUGAGAUCUAUUAGAUCAUUUGACGUUCCAGUUUGUAAAACCAAUCGGUUUAGUAAUAGUUUUAUUAUGGCAUCGAGUAGCAAAACUGAAUAGGUUUUACUCUUUAUUUACUUAUUUUAUAUUCUUAAUAACUUUUGCAUGCUUAUUAUAAACAGACACUUUUGACAAUUUAGUUAAUUAAUUAUAAUACUUUGAUAUAUUUCAAAACUCUAAUUUUAAUAAUUUUUAAUUGUAAGUAUAAUACGCAAUUCAGCUAAUGGCUGCAAUGUAUUUACCAUUUCUAAAUAAAGUAUAAGUAUAAAGUAUAAGUAUAAAGAAUGUUUACACUCGAGCUAAGACGACGUACAAGGCUUACGUCGCCUUAUUUACAUGUGCCUCUACACGCGGCAUUCAUUUGGAACUAACUCCAUCUCUAACUGGAUCUUUCUGCGCAAGCUUUCGUUCGAAGUCUACAGCGUUUCAUAGGACGACGCGGAGUACCUAUAGCUUCCUUGUAUCGGACAAUGGGAAGACUUUCACGAAUUCUACUGUAAAGAAAUUUAUACAGCAGUAUGGUAUCACCUGGAAAUUUAAUGUCGCUCGUGCCCCAUGGUGGGGUGGAUUUUUUGAACGCUUGGUGCGCUGUGUCAAACGAUGUUUGAAAAAGACUCUCGGCAAUGCUCGUGUUUCCUUUGAAGAAUUCGAGUCUGUUUUAAUUCAAGUGGAAGGAAUUCUGAAUUCACGUCCACUCACGUACGUGCACGAAGAAAUGAGCGAACCACUCACGCCUUCAAUCAUGUGUGUUGGUCGACGAUUGUUAAGUAAUCCAAUAACGUAGGAGAAGAAAACCAACGACAACCUAGUUGAUGAUGCAAGAAGGAGAGAGAGGUUCCUGACUCGAGUAUUAAAUCAUUUCUGGGAACGCUGGCGUAAGGAAUAUUUGACGGAAUUACGAGAACAGCACAAAGUAAAGAAUGGUUCAGCAGGUGAUUCGAUCAGCCAGGGAGACAUUGUUGUGGUUCAUGAAGAUAAAAUUCCUCGACAGCUAUGGAAAGUCGGUAGAGUUGAUGAUUUAAUGCGUGGUCGAGACGGGAAUGUACGUGCAGCAACUAUUAGAACAUCGUCUGGAGGUCGAGUGCAGCAACUACAAAGACCGAUUCAACGAUUGUAUCCAAUAGAAAUUCCUACGAAAAACCCAGAGACUGUUCCACAGAUAAAGUUCGUUCGAGACAAUGUGCCUAAUACAAUACAAAACUUUAAUACUUAA